AUGCCUCUUGUUCUCACAAAAGCCGCCCGGCAUUUGGCUACUCGCCAUGGGCGAUCACUUGCCACUCGGACCAUGGCUACGGUCCACAAUACCCACAUCAAGGCAGAUGCCGGAGCAACCAUGCCUCCUGGUCACAAGGCCAAGGUCGGAUGCCUAGAGACAUUCGAUCUUCCUGAUCGUGUGACUGGGUCAGCCAGCGACAAGGCGAUGGGGAAAGCCCUAAUCAAAGCUUGGAAGCGUGACGGCAUCUUCCAGAUCGCCAUGAAUAGCUCCCAACGGGAGAUCUACAAGUAUGCGGAGAAGGCCAGCAAAAGGUUCUUCGCGAAGCCCCACAAUGAGAAGGCAGCCUGUGUUGACUCGCAGAGCUAUGCUGGCUAUAUUGCUUCUGGAGAGGAAAUCACAGACGGCAUCGCGGACUAUUCGGAGAUCUUCACUGUCACCAAGGACCUCGACCUGGCGGAGCCCAGAGUGGCACAGAAGUGGCCAUGCCAUGGACCCUGCCCUUGGCCUGACGCGGAGAUGCGAGACCCCAUGAAGACUUACAUGAAUUACCUUGGGGAGUCUGGAGAGAAACUUCUGGCCUUGGCCGAGUUGGGUCUAGGUGUGCCCCAGGGUUCGCUGUUGCAAUAUACCCAAGAUGGAUGGCACCACAUGAGAAUACUGCGCUUUCCGCCUACCAACAAGACAAAUGGAAAGGGAAAGAAGGGCCGUGGCAUCGGAAGCCACACUGACUACGGUCUCUUGGUGAUUGCGGCCCAGGACGACGUUGGAGGACUCUUCAUCCGCCCUCCGUACCAAGGCGAAAACUACGCAAACUGGGAAAAGAGUGCCGCGGGAAUGAAAGAAGACGAAGACGGGUGGGUCUACGUGCCUCCGGUCGAGAAUACCUUCACCGUAUUCCCAGGUGACAUGAUGCAGUACAUGACCGACUCCUUCCUGCCAUCCACCCCUCACAAGGUCGGCCUCAACACGCGGGACCGAUUCGCCUUCGCCUAUUUCCACGAGCCCAGCUUCCAGGCUGUGGUGAAGCCGCUGGAGGGGUACAACAACGGCCAGAAGCCCCAAGAGGGCAUUCACUACGGAACACACUUCACCAACAUGUUCAUGCGCAAUUACCCAGAACGCAUCACUACUCAAAGACUACUUGCUGAGGACCGCUACAAGACUCUCUCGCGGCCUGAGCUUCGGACUAUGACAAGUCAGGCGCUGGGGCAGCAAGCGGCGGUGGAUGCGACUCAAAAGUCUGCUUUUCAGACGGCUUAG